UAUAUUUAGUGAAGUAAAAUUUUAUUGAAACGGAUGCCGACACGUCAAUGGAUUUUCUAUCACAACCAUAACGGCGCGAGUAAUAUAUUUCAUUUGAUCUCCACAUAAUAUGGACUGAAUUUAUUAUUCUAGUUGGUUGGAACUUUACAAAUGACUUGCUCCACUUCUGAAUUUCUUGACCAUCAUGGCCUUCAGUGACAAACUCAACAGCAAGAACUUGUUUUGAUGUGAAUGCCCUGACCAGAACCAGAACCAGAGAGAUUUUCUAGCAUCAAGAAAGAAUACUUUACAGUAGGGAAGACCAUCUGAUUCUUGGGUCAUUCUUGGGUCAUCUUGGGUUCACAAUGGGUGGCACCGGGAGUAGCCUGAGUGAGCUGGGAGAGAAUGAGUUUCUUCGGAGAUUCGUCGGGAAGGAAUCUAUUGACGAUACAGAUCCUUUUUGGGAGCAGCUCCUGUCCUUUUCGUUCAACAUCCCACACAGUAGUGCCGAUGCUAGGCUGAUAGAGGAAUCAUCACAGAAUCUCUGCAAGACAUUAGCUCAUAGUAACCUCCAUUCAGGUAACCUGUGUGCAUUGGUUCGUGUGUUCAACAAAAGAGCCAUGCAGCUCAAAGUCUCAGCACAAAAUGAAGACCAUGUCUUCACGUGGCAGACCUACAACGCCCUGUUCAUCAUCCGACGGAGCAUGAAGUACUUCCUGGAGAUGCUGUCGGAGGGGCGUAUCCUCCAGCAGCUGUCGGUCCUGGUGAGAACCAAACCCUCCUCUACCGUGCUUAAUGUGGAAGAUGUGAUGGAGAAUGGGGAUGCAGACGGAGACGAGUCGCUCUUGGAGAGGUUCAUCCAGACUCUCAUACAACUCCUCAUUGAAGUCCCUGUGCUGAAUUUCACAUAUGUGAUUCACCUGGAGACGAUAAACACCCUCCUGGUUCUGCUAUCAGUCCAGAUGUACAUUCCAAGGAUAUCACACAAGAGCCUCAUAACAGAGUACAUCAUGCAUGGAAAAUGCUCCAGUGAUGCCCAUGUUCUGGUUAAGAUUCUCCUGGACCAGUUCAUCAAGAGAGAAGACUGUCCAGCCGAGCUUCUGAGAGACUCCCCAAAGCCAGCCAGCUUUCUCUACGGUAUCUCUGCAGCAAUAGCAGCCGGUAUCUGGGCAGUGCUCACACUAGGUUACGGGACAAGAUCCAAGCCGGAUGAUAGAGAAGACAGGGCACUCUUAGCCAACCAGAGUCUUCUACUCCUACAGGUCCUCACCAAUCACUACACACAUGAGAAGGGGAUACACAAUCCCUACAGGAAGGCACUCUGCAAUUUCGCAAAUUCACAAGAUGGUGGAAUGCCCAUUGGUCCAUCUGGCUCCCUGCCACCCUUCAAGCUCAACUCAGCUAACCUGUAUGAAGCAUUCUGCAACCAUCUCAAAGACGAUCAAAGCACACUCCUCCUCUACCUCCUCCUCCAUCAGAACAUCAACUUCAGGAACUACGUCCUUUCAAGAACAAACAUAGACACACUGGUGAUACCCCUACUGAAGAUACUGUACAAUGCCCAGGAGAGGAAUUCACAUCACAUCUACAUGACUCUCAUCAUCCUGCUCAUCCUGAGUGAAGAUGAUUCCUUCAAUAAGUGUGUUCAUGAAUUGAUGGUGAAACAGGUGACAUGGUACACAGACAGAACCAUCACAGAGAUCACACUUGGUGGCCUGAUUGUACUGGUUGUCAUUAGGACCAUACAGUACAACAUGACAAGAAUGAGGGAUAAGUACCUGCAUACAAACUGCUUAGCUGCUCUUGCCAACAUGUCUUCUCAGUUCCAUUCCCUGCAUCCCUAUGUUACACAGAGAAUAGUCAGUUUGUUUGAGUUACUGAUCAAGAAGCAUGAUAAGAUUGUAGAGCAGCUGAGAGCAUCAUCAGCGCUUGAACCCAAUGGAGACCUUACACAGGAUGCUGAGGUGGAACACGAUGAUCUGUUAUCAGAUCUUAGCGUGUUAGAGGAGGUCAUUCGUAUGGUGCUAGAAAUCAUCAAUUCCUGUCUCAUCAACAUGCUACCCCACAAUCCUCAUCUAGUGUACACGUUACUCUACAAGCAAGACCUUUUCACUAGCUUCAAAUCACAUCCCAAGUUCCAAGAUAUCAUACAAAAUAUCGACACGGUACUGACGUACUUCUCUGUGAGGUUAGAAGAGACUCAAGAAGAGCACGACUCACCGUCAGUUCAUGAAGUCUUGGGCAUCAUUAAACAAGGCAUGCUGCAAUGGCCCAGGGAUAGGUUGAGGAAAUUUCCUGAGCUGAAGUUUCGAUACGUAGAGGAGGACCAACCUGAGGAGUUCUUCAUCCCCUAUGUGUGGUCUCUAGUCUAUCACUCUUCAAACAUGUAUUGGGAUCCAGACCGUGUAGAACUCUUCUCUCUUAAUGCUACAUGACAUAUCCUAGCCUGAGAGACGUUAUAGAACUCUUGUGUUCGUACUCGGUCCAUGGCUGUGCAAACUCCAGAUCACAUAGAUGCUACAAGUCAUGACAGCUUCAACAAAACGUGUGCUGUGUGGUGAUCUGGAUUGCUUAGAACCCUUCUCUCUUAAUGCCACAUGACAUAUCCUAGCCUAAGAGAUGUUAUAGAACUCUUGUGCUGGUACUCGGUCCAUUGCUGUGCAAGGUUUAUAGGACUCCAGAUUGUGUAGAUGCUACAAGACACAUAACAGCUACGACAGAACUCGUGCUGUGUAGUGAUCUGGAUUGCUUAGAACUCUUCUCACUCAAUGCUACAUGACAUAUCCUAGCCUAAGAGACUUUAUAGAACUCUUGUGGUGGUACUUGGUCCAUCACUGUGCAAGGGGUAUAGGACUCCAGAUCGCCAUAGAUGCUACAAGUCAUAACAGCUUUGACAGAACGUGUGCUGUGUGGUGAUCUGGAUUGCUUAGAACCCUUUUCCAGGAAUGCUAUAAGUCAUCAUAGCCUAUAAGAACCCUGUGCUGACCCGUUCUAAGGACACCAAGUAUGUAUGCCUGCAGGGUAGUUCCAUGCGACGCACAGCUGUAACUCCUUUUUCUGAGGGAGUAGGUAAUUCCCAAAGACCCUUAAAUAUGAAUUUGCAUCUUUGCUCCUUGCUCAGACAGUUUGAUACAUGCUCUAAUAACAGUUGUACUGCAGUCCUUUUUGAAAAACUUGUCCAUUCCACAAUCUUCCUUAGUCCCAGCAGUAUACCAUACCAGUAACUGUAAACAUAACCUAGAGCCCAAAACACACACACAAAAUUGAAGCCCAGGACAAAUGCUGUCUAAACGAUAUUGCCAGAGCUUAUGUUGGAUAACUUUCUACGCAAUCCUUGACUUACAGUCCUGGAUUCGGUUUUUUCUAAUUAUUUCCAAGAUUCAGAGAAGUUUGCAUCUACAAAGUGUGAUUUACCCUCGCAAGAUCUUUUGAAGGGGUUUGAAAAAAAAUGAUCUAAGGCAUGAUAGCUGACCUCAUGAACAUUCUAUUGAGAUACUGAUUUCAAAUUUCAUCAAGAAAAGUAUCCUUCAUUUAUUGGUGCAGAAGUUAGUUCCUUCUCUUACAACUAAUUUGACAAAAUCUUGGAAAGAAAAGAAAACUUUUCCCAUCUGUAUAUGAUGAGGAUUAUCAUCACUGCUGAAUGUAAUUAUCCAUUUAUGGCCUAUGUUUUUUUUAUUUCCAAGGGGAUGGGGAGAAGGAUUAUUUCCAGCAUGCUUGUACAUAUAUCAUAUAUGUAUAUUUGGCAAUAUUUAGUUGAAUAGUCUAUAUUCAUUUUAAUAUUUUAUUACAAUUUUGCAAUAAGGUUGUUAACUUAUUUUAUCACAGACUGAAAUGUGCACAGAAAAGCCAAAUUAGUUGAUUAUAUGGAAGCCAACAUUGGUUCAAGCAAUUAAAUUCAGUGCACUUUUCAGCUAAUUAGUGUAUAUCAGGUAGUGUUUGUGUUUUUUCUACAUAUGUGCAAAUUGUGUAUAAAGAAAGAUCUUCCUAAUUCAAAUUAGAAUUUGUAGAUAGCAAAUUUGAUACCUUUGCUGAAAAUCACUUUUAUAUUUGUUAAUUAUCCAUGCUGUAUACUGUAUGAUAUAAAUGAUUCUUGUGCAAGAUGCUUUAUAAGAUUUCUAUGGAUAUACUCUAUGUUGGAGCUAGAAUCAUAUUUGGUUGCAGAUUACAUUUAUCUCAACUUACCUGAUAACUUCUAAUGAGGACCACUCUUUAUGUUACAUCUGACACAUUAUUUCUAAUUUUUCAAUCUUUGGAGAGUGGCAACCACUUAAAAGAUAAUCUUGAGUUUUGGGUGAUUGAAAUAUAAUUAUGGAGAAACUGUCUUCAAGUGAUUUCAGAUUGUUCAAUAUGUUAUGUAUAAGAACCACCACAAACUAUGGGGUAGGAAGGUAGGAAGACUAAUUUGCAGUCCCAUUUUUAAAACUUGUUGCGCUUACCAUUCUUUGCCUGUUAUUCCGACAUGAAUUUUGUACAAGAUUUAUUUUUGGCAGUUCUUAUUUAUUGUAGCAUUUGGUUGGAUUCCUCACCAUCUGUUUACAUAUGUGGUGCUGCUGUGCAUGGAAAAACAAACAAUAAAACAAACUUAGAAAUAGAUACAGUAUUGAAUAACACAUUUGACUAUACAUAAAUAAUUUAUUAAUGUUCAAUUUUCAAUUUCCUUGUCUUUAGAAUUGGUUUUGGGAUAUUUGUUUAUUCAUCAAUGAUGUUAAACAUUAAUAAUGCAAAUUUUAUGUCUGUCAGAAGGAAGAUUCAGAAUUCUAUCUUAUGAAAAUUAUUCUCAAAUCAGAGCAAAUUUUAUCACCUUUCAGGGGAAAAAUGAAUAGUCUAUAUGGAAAUGAAAUCACCCCAUGUUAAGUGUGCUAAUCUAUAUCCUUUUUGAAUGAAACAACCUUAGUAUGCUUUGAUCAAUAGUUAUUUAAACAGUCUAGAUGCCAAUAGGUCCAUUGUUUCAUAUAUGAAAACAUGUAUUAUAAUUAACAUGAUUUAAUCUAUAUCUACUAACUUUAGAGGUAAGUUGAAUCAAUCAAAAUGAAAUACAGCAAGCAGAAGCCUGCAGAGGCAUAUCAAGUUCAUAUGGUACAAUGUAGUUCAAUUGUAGUAAAAGAAUGAUAUUCCCCAUUUAUGGGUAUUCAUUGUUAAGCAAGGUAACUAGUGUGUUGUAAUGUUAUACAACAAAGCCUGGAACUGGAGUCUUUGUUUUAUUAAAUAAAAACUUCCCCAAUUUAGCUAUUUGAAUUCAAGGAAAAGCACAAAGUAGUAUAUUGCAUUACAUUAUUCACCAUCACAUUUUUUUCAUUAGGAAGAAAGGGUGGUAUCAAAAGUUACUAUGAAUAUUUCUGUAAUUAUGGAAUAUGAUGAUUUUGACGCUCAUUGAAGUUGUCAUUUUACAAAAUAUCUGUGACUGCGAGAAAGUAAUUUUGUCAGGGUCACUGACAUUGAUCAUUCAUGGCCCCUUGAUAUAUUGACUAUGGUGCACACAUAUGAAGUUUACAUUUACCACAGACAGACUGUAUGGUGAGAUCAUUCUGAUGUUGUCUCACAGAUUGUUUUUGCAUCUUGUUACAUUGGGCAAUCUACUUAAUUAUGAGCUGAUUCGAUUUCUGGUUUAUAGUUCUUGAGAGUUCUGUGAUAGAGAUGCAGUUAUUAAAGGAAUUACUUAUAACUUUACAUAGAAGUAAAGGUAGUUGUAAAUGAAUUCUGUCUUAACAUGUGAGAAAAAAAUAUCCAUAGAAGUUGUCAAUGUUAAUUCUUUAAAGAUGUGACAAAAUGCAUGUCGAUUUUCUGUGAUGAUUUUUAUAAACCAUAUUAUAUGUUACUCCAACAUUACUCUAACAUUAUGAAUAAGGGGAUUAAUUUCAAAUAAAUUCCAUGUAAUUGUCGGCCCAGGCAAUAUGGUUUUAAUUUCUAUACCAUUUUGGGGCUCAUUUUUUAUAAUCUCCAUUUGAAGAAAAAUUGAUAGCACCAUUUAUGUUAAUUUAUCUAGAGCUGUUCAUUUGCUUAUCUUUCAACAGUUCAGAGAGCCAGCAACACAUCAUGUAUUAAAACUCUCCUAGUCUUUUGUGUUAUACUUGAUAUUUUUUUCAAUCAGAAAAGUUUGAUUAUAAAGCAUUAUGUGUGAAAUAACAUUUCACAUGACUAUACAUUUUAUCUUUUAAUGUCUUUGUGUCCCUAAACACCUUAUUUGCUGUAUUCAUUUUUUUUCUUCUGACGUAUAGAGAUAUGAUAAUUUCUCACUGAAACACAAGCAGUGAUUAGCUUGGGUAAUAAUUUCUUGUGACUGGUUGUAAAUACAAAGAAGAAGCUGUGUACAAAA